UUUCCUGCAAGAAAAGCUUUGCACGGUACCGCACACGGGAUUUAUCCGCUAUUCCUUCUGCCACUGCGGUUUUCUUACAGAUUCCCUAAACUACAAAACUAUCAUUAGCGAAUGCUAGAGGAAAAGGCGUUUAAGCAGAAGGCUUAAUACAUCGAACUUUUUGUUGAACAUUUGCAGCGCAGUGAUUUUCUUUAAGAUUUAAUGAGACUUGACUAGCGCAUCCUGCUAGCGCGCUAGCACUCCUGUAGCUAAAUAACAAUAGCUAACUAGCUAGAAAUAAUUUUACGCAGUAAGGUAUCAAAUAAGUAACGUCAGUUUACAUGCCAGAUUUGGAGCAUUUUAGAUUUUCCUACAGUAGUAUGAAUCCUUUGCUGGGUGCGAACGUCUUUCUUCUCCAACAGCAGAACCAAAGUCCGAGCCAGCCGGAUUCACCAACAGGCCUACUGCCCGAUUCGGUUUUCGGCGCCCCUGACCCAUCCUUCUUCAUUGGCGAACAUCCCGGAUUGGUCCCAGAAAAUUUACCUGGACUUGACUUCUCCGCACUACCACCCACCGGGCUUGCAUACCAGCAUCUCAACAACUCCUUUUAUCGUCCACCGCCAGCACCUGCCGCAAUGGCCUUGCGAAAUGACCUGGGUUCAAAUAUCAGCGUUUUAAAGACCCUGAAUUUACGUUUCCGCUGCUUUUUGGCUAAGGUUCAUGAAUUGGAGAGGCGAAACAAGAUUUUGGAAAAGCAGUUACAACAGGCAUUGGAAAAUAACGGUGGAGGCAACGGAGGUGUAGAAGGGAAGAGACCGGCCACCAAAGAAAUGGGUGUACAGACGGGUUUUGUGGGGCCUAUCCCGAUCAGACCAGGUGCUGUCCCGUUCCAGAACGCAAAUAACACGGUUCUUCGACCGAAGACCUUGUUUACACCGUCCCUUACUACGGUUCUCACACUUGAACCAAACAAACUACCAACUGAGAAUUCUAAUUCAAGUGCGGCGGACUCCAAUUCUAAUCACAAUCCACAUAUCAUCAUCGAUCCCGCGACCCCAACCGAAACUUCGACCAACACUAACUCAAAUAUUAAUGUCAAAAAUACCAGUAGCGCAAGCACCGGUACUGGGCCAAACCCCCCACCGAGGUUCUUGCCUGGUACCAUUUGGUCUUACAACCACACCCGCAAGCUGGGCUCGGGUGUAGAGACAAGGGUGACAAGUCCAGGGGUCUCUUGGGUCCAUCCCGAUGGAGUUGGCGUGCAGAUUGACACCAUUACACCAGAGAUACGAGCUUUGUACAAUGUGUUGGCCAAGGUGAAAAGGGAACGAGAUGAAUACAAACGCAGGUGGGAAGAGGAAUACACUGUGAGGGUGGAACUCCAGGAGAAAGUGACAGAUCUGCAGGAGGAGCUGCAGGACAGUGAGGUGUGCCAGGAUGAACUGGCCCUGCGGGUCCAGCAGCUGAAGGCGGAGCUCGUUCUCUUCAAAGGCCUGAUGAGUAAUAACCUGUCGGAGCUGGACAGUAAGAUCCAGGAGAAGGCCAUGAAGGUGGACAUGGACAUCUGCAGGAGGAUCGACAUCACCGCUCGGCUGUGCGACGUGGCCCAGCAGAGGAACUGCGAGGACAUGAUCAAGAUCUUCCAGGUGCCCACUCCUCCCUCCACCAUCAACCGCCGUCCUCGUAAGCAGACCCCUCAGCCGGCCAAUGGCAGCGAAGUGGAUGAGCCAUCCAGCAUCUCGGAGAGCGAAGGGGGCGGGGCCAAAGAGGAGGACAACUGCUGCUCCUCUGCCAACCAGAUCAACGAGGAGAUGCAGAGAAUGCUGAAUCACCUGAGGGAGUGCGAGUUCGAGGACGACUGCGACAGCCUGGCCUGGGAGGAGACUGAGGAGACGCUGCUGCUGUGGGAGGAUUUCCCAGGAUACACUGCGGGGGCGGAGACACAGGGGGCGGAGCAGCCGGAGGAGUCCCUGGAGAAAGUGAUAAAGGACACGGAGUGCCUCUUCAAGUCCAGAGAGAAGGAGUACCAAGAGACCAUAGACCAAAUAGAGCUGGAGCUGGCCACAGCCAAGUCUGACAUGAACAGACACCUGCAUGAGUACAUGGAGAUGUGCUCCAUGAAGAGGGGUCUGGAUGUGCAGAUGGAGACCUGCAGGAGACUCAUCACUCAGACUGGAGACAGUAAGCCUCCCUCUCCCAUUCCUGGGGGUGGUGAAGAGAGUGAUGAGGUAGAGCGAGAGAAGAAGAGAGCCUCCCAGCCCGCGGAGGGGGGAAGAUAAUGGGUCCAUUUAGCGCGCUGCUCCACCGCCGCCCUGCAGUUGCCCCCCCCCCCCCGCUCACCCUCCACAGUCACAGCCGUUUAGUUUCACAUCGUCACUUCUAGGAAAGUACUGUUUACACUUUUUAGUCAUAGUUUUGUACUUGUGUGCGUCCUCCGCAGGCUUUUGUGAGAGUGGGGCAUAAUCAUCUGUCUGAUGCAGACCUUCUGAAUUGUGGUUUAUUUGCGACUGCUGUUGCCUCUAGUGGAAAUUUGUAUUAUUACAGCAUUCAUUUGAGGUUUUGCAUAUCUCUGGCUAAGCCCCACUGUUUAUGGUAUUUAUUCUAAAGUGAUCAUUAAAACUUAAUUUAGAAGCCAGUAGACAUUCAUUAAAAGUCAAGGGCUGGUUGUAUGUUGUAAGAAAUGAGAACAAUGGCAUUGUGAUGAUAAAGCGCAAUUUCAUAUAUACCGAUGAUCAGUAUGUUAAAUUAUGUAUAUUUUACGUAUACCAAUACAUAGAAAAUGAUGGGGCUUAUUUAUGUCGCUGUUUUUAUAUCGUGGUACUGCUGAGAUGUACUGGACAAUGCUACUCUGUACUGUACUGUACUGACUCGAAGAGGAACCAUUUAUUUUCAGUGACAACACGCCUUAAUGCGCAUAUACUGCAUAUAUGUAUAUAUAUGCAUGUAUGUAUGUAUAUACAUUUGGCAAUUUCUCUGAAACAAUCCACCAUGUAAUACAUUCCUGUUGUGUUUAGCUGUAUAUAAGAAUUCUUCCAAACUGAAAAAUUGUAUUAUGUUGACAGUUGAUGUGGUUCAUUUCAUUUCAAAUCUCUGCUGAUCAAUAACUUAAAUCUUCAAUUCAUUCUUGUAAGAAAGCAAAAACAGUGAAUAAUCUGAGCUGGUCACUGAAAUAGAUUUUAUCAUCUUCGAUGUGCGGGCAGUAGGCAGGCCAAAGUUUGAAUCUUGAUUAAGUUGAUUUUUUUUUACACUGCACUUUGCCCCUGAAGUAAUGUCAUUAAUGUUUCUAUUUUCGUAUGCAUCAUCAUCAAAAAUAGAAAUGGGGAUUGAUCAGAGAAGCUGACCGCUUAAUAAAUGCUACACGAUGUGGCCAAAGCAUAUAUUUGUUAAUUUGCGCUUUAAUACGAGAGUUUACUAAAAAUUUACAACAACAAAAAAAAAAAAAAACUUGAAAAUCCCUCUAUACAUUUUUCUUUGUCAGAGGGAAGCGUCUACAUUCUUUCACUGAAACCAUCUGCAUUUCAGUAGUAUUUCCUUAGACUUAAAAACGUGGGAACAAGUGUAGAUAUAUGGAAUUGUUCCGUUAUCAGUGUCGGUUUAUCUACAUUCCCGCGUGUCGGUUAAAAAUAUGCGUGUUGUGUAUAUACUUCAUAGCUGACCUAGCUGGGCAGAGCCAGUGCCUGUCCGCUCUAUGUCUGUGUAUAGUGUAUAUGUAUGUACGAUAAAUGCCAUGGAGAGGAGUUCAGAGGGUACUGACACGCAAGUCUUUUAUUUGCUUUCUGUUCAUUUUCUGCACUGUUCUCGGACGUGCAGUGCUGUCAGGCAUUUACAUACAGAAUAAGUUUGGAACAGGCAGUCGGAGAGACUGAGGUGGUCAGGUUCAGACCGAAAGCAGAGAGUUACUGAGUGAGGACCCUCGUGUGAGAAGGGCACAUACUGGAGAAGGAAGGGCAGGGACUGAUUUGCAACUGAGAUACACACACAGGCAGGCUGUAGUUUAGAGAGCUGGAGGCACACACACCGAUGCUGUAAUCUACUGCUUUGGAGAAACGGACACACAGAUACUCUGAUUUAUUGCCGUAGAGAAACAGACUCGCGGAUAUGGUAAUCCGCUGCAUUUAAGAAACGGACACAGAUGCUGUAAUACACUGCGUUAGAGAAACAGACAGACACACACAUGCUAUAAUCCACAGCAUUAGAUAAACAAACACAGAUGCUGUAAUCUACUGCUUUAGAGAAACAGACGGACACACCGAUACUGUAAUACACUGCGUUAGAGAAACAAACACGCGGAUGCUGUAAUCUACUGCUUUAGAGAAACAGACGGACACACCGAUACUGUAAUACACUGCGUUAGAGAAACAGACAGACACACACAUGCUAUAAUCCACAGCAUUAGAGAAACAAACACAGAUGCUGUAAUCUACUGCUUUAGAGAAACAGACAGACACACCAAUACUGUAAUACAUUGUUAGAGAAACAGACAGACACACACAUGCUAUAAUCCACAGCAUUAGAGAAACAAACACAGAUGCUGUAAUCUACUGCUUUAGAGAAACAGACAGACACACCAAUACUGUAAUACAUUGUUAGAGAAACAGACAGACACACACAUGCUAGAAUCCACAGUGUUAGAGAAACACAGAUGCUGUAAUCUACUGCUUUAGAGAAGCAGACGGACACACCGAUACUGUAAUACACUGCGUUAGAGAAACAGACAGACACACACAUGCUAUAAUCCACAGCAUUAGAGAAACAAACACAGAUGCUGUAAUCUACUGCUUUAGAGAAACAGACGGACACACCGAUACUGUAAUACACUGCGUUGGAGAAACAGACAGACACACACAUGCUAUAAUCCACAGCAUUAGAGAAACAAACACAGAUGCUGUAAUCUACUGCUUUAGAGAAACAGACGGACACACCGAUACUGUAAUACACUGCGUUGGAGAAACAGACAGACACACACAUGCUAUAAUCCACAGCAUUAGAGAAACAAACACAGAUGCUGUAAUCUACUGCUUUAGAGAAACAGACACGCGGAUGCUGUAAUCUACUGCUUUAGAGAAACAGACGGACACACCGAUACUGUAAUACACUGCGUUAGAGAAACAAACACGCGGAUGCUGUAAUCUACUGCUUUAGAGAAACAGACGGACACACCGAUACUGUAAUACACUGCGUUAGAGAAACAGACACGCGGAUGCUGUAAUCUACUGCUUUAGAGAAACAGACGGACACACCGAUACUGUAAUACACUGCGUUAGAGAAACAGACAGACACACACAUGCUAUAAUCCACAGCAUUAGAUAAACAAACACAGAUGCUGUAAUCUACUGCUUUAGAGAAACAGACGGACACACCGAUACUGUAAUACACUGCGUUAGAGAAACAGACACACACACAUGCUAUAAUCCACAGCAUUAGAUAAACAAACACAGAUGCUGUAAUCUACUGCUUUAGAGAAACAGACGGACACACCAAUACUGUAAUACACUGCGUUAGAGAAACAGACAGACACACACAUGCUAUAAUCCACAGCAUUAGAUAAACAAACACAGAUGCUGUAAUCUACUGCUUUAGAGAAACAGACGGACACACCGAUACUGUAAUACACUGCGUUAGAGAAACAGACAGACACACACAUGCUAUAAUCCACAGCAUUAGAUAAACAAACACAGAUGCUGUAAUCUACUGCUUUAGAGAAACAGACGGACACACCGAUACUGUAAUACACUGCCUUAGAGAAACAGACAGACACACACAUGCUAUAAUCCACAGCAUUAGAUAAACAAACACAGAUGCUGUAAUCUACUGCUUUAGAGAAACAGACGGACACACCGAUACUGUAAUACGCUGCGUUAGAGAAACAGACAGACACACACAUGCUAUAAUCCACAGCGUUAGAGAAACAAACACGUGGAUGCUGUAAUCUACUGCUUUAGAGAAACAGACGGACACACCGAUACUGUAAUACACUGCCUUAGAGAAACAGACAGACACACACAUGCUAUAAUCCACAGCAUUAGAUAAACAAACACAGAUGCUGUAAUCUACUGCUUUAGAGAAACAGACGGACACACUGAUACUGUAAUACACUGCCUUAGAGAAACAGACAGACACACACAUGCUAUAAUCCACAGCAUUAGAUAAACAAACACAGAUGCUGUAAUCUACUGCUUUAGAGAAACAGACGGACACACUGAUACUGUAAUACACUGCCUUAGAGAAACAGACAGACACACACAUGCUAUAAUCCACAGCAUUAGAUAAACAAACACAGAUGCUGUAAUCUACUGGUUUAGAGAAACAGACGGACACACCGAUACUGUAAUACACUGCGUUAGAGAAACAGACAGACACACACAUGCUAUAAUCCACAGCGUUAGAGAAACAAACACGUGGAUGCUGUAAUCUACUGCUUUAGGGAAAGACGCACAGAUGCUGUAAUGUACAACAUGAGGUGGGACAGACUCUUUGGACAGAAAGCAGCCUGUUGUUGAGAUUGGGACUCCUAGUCUGAGCCAGACAGCUGCCAGUAUGUGUGGUUGAAUGGCAACAGUGAGUCACUUUCUGAAGUGAACAUUAUGAAAGACUGAUACGCUGACAAACAUACUGUGGGGGAAAUGUCUUACUAAUGUGACAACUGCCAGUUGGUGCUAAUCUAAAAACUAACUGGAGCACUGUUUUGCUAAAAUGCUAAUAUUUUACCAGUUAUUAAUUAUACAGAUGAACUGGAUAAGUGGCAAUGCCUAAACUGAGCUUGUAUAGUUUGCGGUAUAAGAAAAAGUGCACAGAAACAUGCAUAUUCAACAAUAGCAUUAAUAAUUGCAAUAAUUGAGCGUUAGGCAGUACUGCCAGGUCAGUACUUGGGUGUAAAUAUAAUAUUAAUAUUGGCAAAUAUUUGAAAGGUAGGGGAGGAGUGAGAGAAAGGGAGGAUAAAAGAGAUUAACCUGGAAAGACAAAGGAGAGAGCAAAUGACCACGUUUAUUUUGCGUGUAUUUUAUUACACAUGCCGUUUGAGUGUCUAUGUAUGCAUGUUAGCGUGUAUGUUUUGAAUGUAUACUAGUUAUGUGUUACAGCGUAAGUACUUAGGAAAGGAGUUUACUUGUUCACUUUCAGCAUGAAGGUGCAUGAAACAUGCAGAUUCAUACUGAAUAUCCUCAAAUUUGUUACUGUUCAGUGCAUUUGGCCAUACAAAGAGCUGGUCAGGGAGCUAUAUGUACAAUAGACUAUAUAAAUGUAUAUAUUGUGUUCAAAUCAUUGGCAAAAUAUCUGCAAUAUAAGCCUCAAGGUGUUGUGUGAAACUGGUUAGUUUAUAAAUUCCAAUAUGUCUUCAUGUCUUGAUCUGACGAAUAAGUAAACUUCUUUUGAAGAUAUUACCAAAGUGUAAAAAAAUAAAAUACAAAAAAGUGAAAAAAAUGAAUGUUAAUAUGCAGCGAUGGUAUGUAGGCUAUGAAAUGUUACGCAUUCAGGGAACUGAAAAGGGAAAAAAAUAUAACCAUGUAAGUGCUAAUAAUGCAGGCCACAGUCUCACACAAAAGUUUUGGCAAUCACAGUUUAACACAUGCAAUAAUCUGACUUGAAUAUUACCUUGAAUCAAUCGUUUGAAGAAGAAGGAAAAGCAUUUCUUUUGUAAGGAUCAUUAUUUCGGGGAGAAAAGUGUGCUUGAACUUCUUCACUUUGCACUGAAUGAAGUUGACAUGUAUCCGGUGGAAAUUUGUGGUGUGAGUCAAUAUUUUUUGUAUGGGACUGGAAUGCAUAUUUACGUAUAAAUCUAUAAGCAGGUUUCGCUAGCUUUUCCGUAGUGUGCAGAAAACUGGAAUGGGAUGAAUGAUGUACAGAAUAAAAGAUUGCAGAACAGUA